AUGCAGCACCGUUCUUAUCAACCAACCCUUCCGUGUGCGAGUAAAUACCUGCAAUAUAACUGGGACAGAACCAACUACGACAUGCACAGAGAGAAGGUUAAAUCUGCAAAGGCGACUAUUUGCAUAACUCCUCCUAAAACACAUGGUCACUUGGUUACCAAGAUGAAGAAGCUAAAGCUUGAAGAGAACCGCCUCUCAGCAAUUCAAAGAGAAAACAGCAUGCUUUUGCAGAAAAUAAACCACAUAAUGCAGACAACAAGAGCUGACAACAGAAGCAUCAGUGUAAAGAAAAGCCUCAGUGCAGACAAAAGACAGCAGGAGCUGCUUCGUAUCACCAAGGAGAAUCAAAUGAUACUUCAGCGACUAACGAAUUGUGUGCCACAUUACAGUGUCCAACAAUGGCAUGAGCAAUGGCUCAAGACUCUUGAAUUAAUGGAGAGCAUCACGCGCUACCCACACAAGAGUCAUACACCGGUGAGCAGUGGGUCUCUGACCUAA